AUGAAUUGGACUAGAGAAAAAACAAUAGGCCGUGGCUCGUCAGCCACCGUCUACGCCGCCACGUGUCAAGACUCCAAAGAAACCAUCGCCGUGAAAACCACCGAGUUUUACCACUCGGAGUUUUUGCAAAGAGAAGCCAAACUCCUCUCCUCACUAAACUCUCCUUACGUCAUCGGAUACAGAGGAUGCGAAGUUACGAAAGAGCCCUUCAAGAACGGAGAAGCCACUUAUUACAACCUUCUCAUGGAGUACGCACCGUACGGGACGUUGACCGACGUGGCGGCCAAGAACGGUGGUUGCAUCGAGGAGGCUCGGGUGGUGAGUUACACGCGCCAGAUACUUCUUGGUUUGGAGUAUAUUCAUAACUCCAAGGGCAUUGCGACGUUAAGGCAAGCAACGUGCUUGUCGGAGAGAAAGGAGAGGCAAAGAUCGCUGACUUCGGUUGCGCGAAGUUGGUUGAACCGGAGUUAA